GGGUUUUGUGCUUCACACGGUCCGCAGAUCUUAGUGACUGACAGCAAUAUGAAGACUGAACUGGAGCAGGCGUUCAACAAAAACACACAAUUACAGCAACUCCUGGACAAGGCCAAGAGAGAACUGCGGGAAAACCAGGACCAAAUGGUAGAACUGCGUAUGGAUAGAGAGGUAGCAGAGUCUCGCUUACGGCAGCAGGAGGAUCAGCUAGCUCAGCUCCAGGAGGAGCUCAGACGAACGCUGGAAAACUCCCCUCAGUCCGACACAAUGCAGCUAGACUUGAUGACGGUGCAGGCAGAGCUGUCAGAGUCUCUGAUGCUGAAGCAGAAACUGGAGGACACACUGAGGCAGAGAGAGCGAGAGCUCACCGCUCUGAAAGGGGCCCUGAAGGAUGAGGUGGAGUCCCAUGAUAAAGAGAUAGAGGCCCUGAGAGAGCAGUACAGUCAAGACAUGGAUGCCCUUCGUCACAGCAUGGAGACUGUCUCACAGUCUCAGCUGGAAAUCGAGGAGGAGCGUCAGAAGGUGAAUGCCUCCAUCCUGGCUCUGGAGGAGGAGCUGGAGGGGUACAAAGAGCAGAGCGACCAAUGGAAGAAGCAGCUUAGCUCCACCAACCGAGAGCUGCUGCAGGCACAGCAGGAGAAGGAGGAACUGGAAGAGAAGCUGCUCACAGUUAAGAAACAAACUGAUGAAACUGAUUCAAACUCUUUAAUGAAGCAGUUGCAGCAGUGCCGAUAUGAUUUGAAGAAAGCUCUUUCAGAAGUGGAAAAACAAAAAGCAGAGGCAGCAAAAAGGGAAGAGGAGCUUAAAUCAGUAUCAAGAGCCAAUGAGAAUCGAGAGGAGGAGCUGAAGGCAGAGAUUGACAGACUAAUAGAUCAGUCAAAGAAAGACAAAGAGGAACUUGCAAAAGUACUGGAGAAAACACAACAGUCCUCCACAUCAGCGCAAUCUCAAGAAAGCAACCUAGAACUUCAAGAGGCCAAUGCUCGCUUAAGAGAGAGAAUAGCACGCAUGACUCGCCUGCACUCCAGUGUUCCUGAAAGCUCCUCCGAUGUUCUGGAGGAUGAGAACCGGAGCCUGAGGAACCAGCUGGAGGAGUCCCGGCGUGCAGCUUCUCGACUGGGUCAGGAGAAAGAGGAGCUCAACAGACGGCUGGAGGAGAGGGAGAGAGAGAGGGAAGCGCUAAGACGUGGCAAGAGCGACCUGGAGGAGCAGAAGAGACUGCUGGACCGAGCACUGGAGAAGAUCAAUAAGGAGGUGGAGACUAUGAUGGGAGAUUCACGUCAGUCGGUGCAGGUUCUUCAGUCUCAGUUGGAUGAAUUCAGAGAUCGUUCUCGUAGAGAGCUGCAGGACGCUCAGAGACUCUGUAAGGACAGGCUGGUUGAGCUACAGAGAGCGCAGGCCCUCCUAAAGACCACUCAGGAGGAGGUGUCUCGUCUGAAGAAAGAACUGCUUACAUGCUCAGAGGAGAGGGACAGCGCUCAGCUGGAUAAAGAGCUGCUGAGCAGCCGUCUCAAACACCUGGAGAAUGAGCUGGAGACGGAGAGAAGUUCACAGACGGACCGCAGCAGAGAGAUCCGUCUAAUAGAGGACAAAGUGAAGACAUUAGAGAUCAAGUUGGAUGAGGAGAAGAGUGGAGCAGAGCUCCUAAAUGAACGCAUCGCUCGCAGUCGAGAGCAGGUGGAUCAGCUCCGUUCUGAACUGAUGCAGGAACGUUCAGCCAGACAUGAUCUUGAGAUGGAUAAGAGCGCACUAGAGAGACAGGUGAAGGAGUUAAAGUCUCGUAUUGCUGAUAUGGGCUCUCAGACUCGUCCCUCUGCUGGAGUCACGAUGCUAGAAAACAAGAUUCAGGAGCUGGAGGACCGUUUGCGUAGUGUAGAGAGAGAGAAAAACACCAUUCUAGCAGCUCAGAGGAGAUUGGACCGGAAACUUAAAGACGUGACGGCCACCCUGGACCAGGAGCGAAGUCAACAUGCUGAACAGAGAGACCAGCUGUCUCUGCGAGUGAAGGCUCUGAAGCGGCAGCUGGAUGAGAGCGAGGGGGAGGUGGAGCGUCUGGAGGGCGUCAGACGGAAAGUUCUGCGGGAUCUUGAGGAGCAGCGGGAGCUGCAGGAGGCACUGCAGGCCAAAGUCAACGCGCUGGAGAACGAGCUCAAGAGGAAGGUUCAACAAUCACGACGCCCAACUCUGGGAAGCACCUUGAGUUCUGAGGAAGAGGAGAGUUACUCAGACUCAAAAAGCAUCACGUCUAUUCUCACUGAAACGCCACUUCAGACCACCAACUGUUAAAGCCUGAACGAGAGAGGGGGAAAAUUUGUUUUUGCACACAUUUGAUUUGAGUUUUCUAGUAAAUGUAAAAAUAACAGAAGAGACAUGAAGGAUACAAAUGGUGUGGCAUCAACACAGUCUGUAAAAAAACGUUUUUGGAGGGCUGGUGUUUUCAACAAAAAGUGAUAUCAGGUGUGUUUUUACAGUGGUUGAUGAGAUAGAUGGGGUUGAAGGCCUAAUAAAGCAGUCAGUGUGAAGAUUUGUCAACCAAAAGCUCCUUUAGUAUUGUUUUGCUAAAACUGGUUAAUUCUGAAGCAGAAUUGUUUGUUCUUACUCUGUUUAUGAGUGUCGUUUAUUUUAGGAAGACUCUUUUUUUGUAUAAAAUGUUAUGGUUUUUGACAUCCUUAAUCAUAUUACCGAAAUUAAAAAUCAAUGAAGGAUUUUAUCUUUACACAUGAAUGACAUGCAAUGUCAUUUAUAAAGGUGGAAUUUGACAUAUUUUACUUUAACUCGAAUUAUUUUGAAUCCUUAAAAUGAUAAAUGAAACACUGUGGUAAGUGUUCUCCUUAUCAUCUUUAAUGUUACACACUAGUGCAAAUUACAAUGAAGGAUAUUUAGAAGGCUUCUUUUUGUGUUGCUUUAAUUUGAGAAUUAAACUUGCACUAUGAAUGACACCUUUUGUGCCAAGACAGAAAAAAGAAAAAAAUCUUUUGAUGUAAUGGCAUUGAAAUAUUUGCCUUAAUAAAAAAUAAAAAAAGCUAAUAAAAUAUAAGCUGCUUUUUUGAUCAUUUUACCAGAGACCUAUAUGUGCUGUACUGUAUAUUCAUAUUUAUCACAAUGUAUUUACCUCCCAUAUAAUAAUUUGUAACUCUUAAAGAUGUGAUUUGAAACAUAAUUGCAUAAUACACUGUACAAUAUUAGAUCUGUAUAUACUGUCCCAUGUUUAAAGUUUAUUC